AAACCCUACGUGUGUAAGAUCCCCGGCUGUACGAAGCGCUACACGGAUCCCAGUUCCCUCAGGAAGCACGUGAAGACGGUCCACGGCCCGGAGGCCCACGUCACAAAGAAGCAGCGCAGCGACCUGCCGCCGAGGCCGCCGCCCAAGGAGAACGGCGAGAACGAGACGGGGAACAGAGACAGAAUCCAGAGGGAGGACAAGAUGUCCGACAACAGCUCCCCCAGAGGCAGGGAGGACUACCUGCACGAAUCCAUCAAGACGGAGAACUCUGUGAUGUAUCAGUCCAGCCCUGGCGGUCAGUCAUCAUGUAGCAGCGAACCAUCGCCACUUGGCAGUGCCACCAACAAUGACAGUGGAGUAGAAAUGGCGGCGCACAGCGGGGGGAGCCUGGGGGACCUCAGCACCCUGGACGACCUGCCCUUUGUGGAGUCCCUGGGCUGUGAAGAUUCAACCGGCGGGGUCGCGGUGAUGGGUCUACACUUUCGAAAGCAGUUCGGCACCAGCCUUCGCCUGGAGCAUCUGAAGAAGGAGAAGCUGAAGACAGUGAGGGACUCGUGUCGGUGGGCCAGCAGCCCAGCGGCUCCGGUCCUCGGCACCAAGCUCCCACCCAUACCAGCAAGCGGGUUCUUCCUGGAGAGCCCAAGUAUGGGUGGUGAUCCGGUGUCCUUCCCUGGUUCUGGCUUUGGUGAUCUGAGCUCUGGUAAAACGACUCUGCUGGAACACCUUUCAGAGCGCCGUGACAGCACAUCCAGCACCCUGAGCUCAGUUUACACCCUCAGUCGCCGCUCCUCAGGCAUCUCCCCGUGCUACUCAAGUCGGCGCUCAAGCCAGGCCUCGCAGUUCGGUUCCAACCGCCCCAGCAACCUUAGCUCUGCCGACUCCUACGACCCCAUCUCGGCCGACAUGUCCCGGCGCUCCAGUCAGAACAGCCAGAGUGGGGGAGGCAGCGGAGGAGGGGGCUUACCCAGCCCUCUCAGCCUGACCCCAGCCCAGCACUACCGCCUCAAAGCAAAAUACGCGGCUGCCACUGGAGGUGCACCGCCUACGCCUCUUCCAUACAUGGACCGAAUGUGUUUGAAGACCCACACCGCACUGUACGGGGACUCCCAGGAAUCGUCCAGCACCAACAAAGGCCUGCCUUCCAGACAGUACAGCAGCUACACCACACGGAGCCUGAUGCCCCAUGAGGUCCCGUCUAACAUCCCCCGCCGAGCCAGUGACCCCGUGAGACGCGUGGCCAUUGAUAAUACCAGCCAGCCACAAAUGCAGCGCUACAACAGCAUGGGCACACUGAGUGGAGCAGUGACCAUGCAGCCGCAUCUGCCUCCUGCAGCAGACCGCCAACAUUUAUCCCAGAAACCGGACGUUAGUCCCCACCGCUACCCUUACAGCCUGCGACCACCCAGCAUUUCAGAAAAUAUCACCAUGAGGAUGAUAACGGGUGACAUCCCAGAAGAAGAUGUGAUGCUGCCUGACCUCAGCACUGACAACAGAGGGUCAACAAAUCAACAAGAUUUUCAAGGUACCCCCAAUCUCCAGCAGCAUUCGUACUAUCAGAGAAGGAUGGCUGUUGUGAAUACCAACAUGAACCUGCAGCAUCAGGUUUUAGCCCCCUCCAGCAUGGGUCCAGGGCAGCAGCGUUCAUCUUCACCGAGGGACAGUAAGGCCAACUUACUUGCUCAGUGGAACAAAGCCUCUUCGGGACCCAUGGAUGCCAGCCAGCACUACUCAAAGCUCCAGGCUCGAGGGAACCUGGCUGUCCUCCAGCAAAACCAGAACGUUGGAUCUUUUCACAACAGCAUCAACCAGCAGAUGAUUCAAAACCUCGUCAACACAACGCAGCAGAGAUGCAAACAGCUGAAUACUGAACCCGGAGCAAACGGCUUCCAACAGCAGAGAUGCCCGCAGUCGUCAAAUCUCAAUGAAGCCCUUAGCUCUCCGUACAGGUUUAACAAAGGCAUCAGUCCCUAUGAUAGGAACGGUAACACGUAUCCCCAGUGCAACAGCCCCACAUGCAAACAGGAGCCUGCUGACACGGAGCCUGUGGACAUGCACUUUGCUGAUGCUGGAUUUCAGCCAGUGCAAGUUAAAAUUGAGGACUGUGAUGUAUCCAUCAUGAUUUCAGAUCAGCAGAACUGUGACAUGACCUCCCAGAAUCCUUUGCAAACUGGGAAUCAGAGUCACCUCCAGCCAGUGCCACCAACAGGACCUACACCUCUAAACAGGCACCUUUCAGGGCCAAAAGCGGUGCAGCAAACACGGCACCAAAGUAACGCUACCCCGGAUGUUGCUUCCAAAUUACCCAGUGGAGUUUUAGGACUUCAAUGCAGCGACAACUCUGAUGACAAUGCCUUGUAUUACACAGGACGGAUUCAAGUGUUUGAGCCCAACAGGAACUUGGAGCAUCAUGUUUCUCCUGUGAAUGCACCUCCUUUUGAAAGCGACGCAGCGUCCCCCAGUUCAGGCAACAAGCCAACGCCUGUAGACUGUAACGCAGUUCUGGAGCAGCCGCAGAUAGACUUUGAUUGCAUGCUGGACGAUGGGGAUCACUCCAGCGUCAUGUCGGGAACCCUGAGUCCAGGUCUGCUCCAGAGCUUGUCCCAGAGUUCCUCUCGCCUGACAACGCCCAGGAACUCUGCGACGUUGCCCUCGCUGCCGGCGGGGACGGGGAACAUGGCCAUCGGGGACAUGAGCUCGUUGCUGACCGCUUUGGCAGAAGAGAGCAAGUUCCUCAGCUCGAUGUCGUAGCAAACUGUUUUUCAAAACUCCUGAUGCACAAUAGACCUUCAACCAACUUAACAUUGAUGUGAUUGUGUGCCAAAAAGCCUCUGCAGUGUGUGACGCUUGUUUUCUUGUACAGCCUCAUUUGUUAAUUAUUAAAAAUGGCAGAUUUCUAUCUUUUUGAAAAGCCAUAUUCCUGUUUUUUCGCCUUAGGUAGUAAAUAUGACGUGCACAACAGAAUUAUUUCAGUUGUUGUACAGGUAUGCAGUAAGAUCAGUUUACUAAGUGCCUAGCUCCGCCAAAACAUAUGCAUCUUGUGCAUAUGAUUACAUUUUAAAUGUACAAACCAGGUGAUUAUCUGAUACCUGAAUAUUUGGAAUGUACCAUCAACUUGUUUUACACUGUAAAUUCAUUUCUGCUGGAGGAGAGUUCUCCUCCAUUCAUCACAGCGGUCCCUGUCCUCUGUGAGACAUUAUUUGAUUGCUGCAUUGCUGCUGAGAUUAACUGUGACAUCUCCAUGUCGGGCAUCAGAGACUUGAUUUGGGACUGAAUUAUGAACCCAUGCAUAAAUUGGUUGUGCUCCCGCAGCGAGA